AUCAAUACUUCUGUCACCAACGUGACUCGGAGUGACCAACUGAAUGGGAGGUCCUAACUCAAUGCGAACCAACUAGUGUUUUCCAUGACAAAGAUGAUGAGUGCAUCCAAACCCCAGGAAAGCAGUGAGGUGAGAUUCGGACACUCUCUGAAUAAGGAGGAGGAAGAGUUUGUAGCCAGAAGGAAAAACACAGUUCUGCAAUGCCUGCAGAAGUUGAAUAUACACUGCAGUCAGGAUAAAGUGCCAAACAUUGCAUUACUGGGUUCUGGAGGAGGACAAAGAGCCAUGGUGGGUUUGCUGGAAUGCCUGGUUCAGCUUGAUAAAGCGGGUCUUCUGGACUGCAUCCUUUAUCUGAGCGGAGUCUCUGGAUCCACCUGGUACGAACCCUGUCAUGAAGCUGGUUAUUCCCUCUCUGGAGCGUUUGUGGAGACCUGCAACUUCGGCAGCCAGUUUGACAACGGCUCAAAGAAAAAACACCAGCCUGAAAUAGACAUGCUGUACCUGCAAGCUAUGUGCAGCAGUGCUUUAGCUGAUGGAGAGGCGACCUGGAAAUGGAUAAAAGCUAUUUCAGUACCUGAAAUAAAAUCGGUAUUCGACAAAAUGGAGCAAGAUCAAUCCGGAGGAAACGCCUCGAGAACCACUCAGGAGCCUGUCGGUGAAGACGAAUGUUACCAGGAGCUCUUGAACCCUGUGGACGCUGAGACGCUGACCCUUGAGCAGUCCUCCAGAACAAAGCUGACCGACUUCUCUGGAGGCCAAAGGCAGCUGAUUCAUCAAUUAGAAAAACUGAACGAUGAUAAAGCUGCUGGUAAAAAAGCAGCAAAACAAUACGUGAUGCAGUACACCGUGGAUGUAUGCAACUAUUUUGAGCUCAAGCUCAAUUUCUGGCCAUUUGGUAGGAGCAUUUGUAAAUGCAUUGCUCAGUGGAUCUGGGGCAGGCAUUAUAACUUCCUCCACAACAUGACAGAUGAUGCAGUGCCUGCCGCUCUUCUGGAAAGUGAGACGAGAGACUAUAUAGACGCCGGACUGCUGCUGAACUCACCCUACUUCUCAGUGCUGAGAGAAGAACGGGACAUUGACCUCAUCAUUUCCCUGGAUUUCAGUGAAAGGGAUCCUUUCAUGACAGUAUUGCAAACCGCUGAGACAUGCAGGAAACAAAACAUCCCUUUCCCUGAAGUCAACAUUCCCAGUGAAGACUUGAAGAAACCGAAGGACUUCUAUGUGUUCAAAGGCCAAAACGCUCCAACCGUGAUUCACAUCCCUCUGUUUAAUGUGGUCAACUGUGGAGGUAAGCCUGGUGAUUGGAGGAAGAAAUAUGGCAUCUUAAAAGGCCCUUACAGCGCUGAGAUGAUCACUGAAGUUAUGGGGGUCGCUGGAAAAAACAUCUCAAACAACAGAGAGAAACUGCUGGAGCAGAUCCGUGCAGUCGCUGAGGCUAAAUGAUUCCAGGCACAAAUACGACAAUAUUACAAGUCGUCAAGAAAUUGAAAUUCAGUCUGUUUUCUAAAUGCAUUUUGGUCUUAUUGUAAAUUAUUCAUGCUCUGGUGAAACGGCAGAUUCUCUCAGGUGAUGCGGGAUGUGUGGCAUUAUAGUCAUGUUUGGACUUUAUUUGUUUAUUAUUAGCCUUCCGUUUCUUCAUUGUUUGACCUUCAUAAGCAAUAAAGAGCCGAUCAUUAAUAAUCACAUCAACCAUAACACAAACUGGAUUUCUGCUGAUUAAAAUAUGUAUUGCUUUGCUUCUGUUCCAAUGAAUUAAUAAACUGUUUUCUAAAAACAAGGCUUUGUCCUGGUCAUUUAAUAUCAUUCAGCAAACAGCACAAAUGCCAGUCUUUUGCAGAGAACAUCAGCUUGUUCUUCCAGUGCAAAAACUGAAUCUUGCUGAUAAAGAAGCAGAAAAACUCGACACAAUACAACAUGCGACUACUUGAGUAGUUGGUUCAUUUUUUGGCCAUUCGUAAUCAGUAGGUUGAACUGUCUAAUACUGUAUGUGCUUGAUUUUUGGUUUUCUAGCUAUAAACCAUACAGUCAGAACCAAUCAUGCUUUUACAGUCAGGGGAGCCCAAUCCUUUUACUGGAGAAUUACUUUCCUGCAAAGCCCAGCUCCAACACUGAUCACAUACAAAAAGUUGUUUUUUUUCAGUCUCAUUAGGCCUAAAUCAUCAUGACUUUUUCUGUACAAUGUGAUCUGUGUGACAGUAGAGGAUGCAGUCUGCUAUUAAUAACUAAAAUAUUGUAUUGCUGUUAAAUAUUACAAUAUUAAUUUACUGUUCUUAGAAUUUUCAUUAUAAAACUGCUAAGAUUUGGUGCAGCAUAGCUAACUUUGGAAUUGGUCAAUUCAAAGUUUGUUCCAGUAUUAACAUUUUAUCACUUUAGACAGAACAUAGGGUGAUUAAUUUCACAAUCAAGAUUUUUCUUUUCUUUUAAGCAGUUAAAUUGCCAUUUAGAAAUGUCUGACACAAAGUAUUUCGUUAAGAGUUUAGAAAUGUCAAUGACAAAUCCAAAGCAAACAUAACCUUUAACAGGUUCCUAUUAUGCUUUUUCAGCUUUAGUGCGUGAUGUUGCUGUUUGAGCAUAAAGAUCUGCAAGGUUACAGAGCUCAAAUUCCACUAGCGUGCGUUCACACUUGUAGUUCGGUUCUCUUGGUCCACACCAAAAAAAUUAAGCUAUACCUUUGGUCCCAGUCCGCUUAGCGCUCACACUGGCAUUUUUGACAGCGAACCCAAAGAUAAAGAUACUGAACCUGAAGGCAUAGUCAUACUUGGACACCCUGAGCCAGCUAACCAAUCAGCUCACAUUUUGUGGUUCAGAAGGAGGGGCUGCAUCGAAACCGGCCAUUUGAGAGACUAGUAAGAGAGGCUCUGCAAUAAUGUAAAAU